AUGGCUCAAGAGCUCUGGCGGCAUGCCGACCCCUCCUCCACGCCCAUGUGGCGCUUCCUCCAGCAGGUGAGGGGCAAGCAUGGGCUCCCCGGCUCCGAUUACCAGAGCCUGUACAGAUGGAGUGUCGACCAUGUCGGUGACUUCUGGGACGAGUGCUGGGACUUUGUCGGGGUCAAGGCCUCGGUUGGGAGAGGCAAGGCCCUGGACGACGAUGAUGCGCCGAUGUUUCCGCGCCCCGACUUCUUCGCCGGGACGCGGCUCAACUUUGCGGAGAACCUGCUCUUCCCCCCCGCGACGGAGCCGGCGCUGGACGAGUCGUCCCCCGCGCUCUUGACGGUGACAGAGCUGUCCGGGUCGUCGGGGGCCAGGUCCACGUCGUGGGCGGAGCUGCGCGAGGCGGUGCGGCGGUGCGCGGCGUCACUCCGCGACGCGCCCGUCUGGCUGGGGCGGGGUGACGUGGUGGCCGGGUACGUGUCGAACCACGCCGAGGCCAUCGUGGCGAUGCUGGCGGCGGCGUCGGUGGGCGCGGUGUGGACGUCCAUCAGCCCGGACAACGGGGUGACGGCGGUGCUGGACCGGCUCACGCAGAUCGAGCCAAAGGUGCUCUUCGCCGACAACGGCUCCGUCUACAACGGGAAGAGCUGGCCCAGCACGGCCAAGACGACGGACAUCGUACGCGAGCUGGCGGCGCGGGGCGGCGGGGCCCUGACGGCCGUGGUCGUCAUCGACACCGUCGGCGGGGACCUUGGGCUGCGCGACCUCGAGGCCCUUGUUGGCGGCGGCGGCAGCAGCAGCAGCAGCAGCAGAGGCCUAGACCUGGCGACGGACUACGAGACCUUCCUCUCACGGGCACCCCCGGCGACGGAAGCGCCCCCGAGGUUCGAGCAGCUCCCGCCGUCGCACCCGCUGUACGUGCUCUUCUCGAGCGGCACGACCGGCCUGCCCAAGGCCAUCGUGCACACGGCGCUGGGGACGCUCCUGCAGCACAAGAAGGAGCACAGGCUGCACUGCUCGAUGGGCGCGGGCUCGCGCCUGCUCUACUACACCACCACCUCGUGGAUGAUGUGGCACUGGAGCGUGGGCGCCCUGGCCGUGGGCGCCACGCUGGUGCUGUACUCCGGGUCGCCGUUCCGGCCGCGCGGUCUGCUGUCGCUGCCCCGGCUGCUGUCGGACCUGCGCGUCACCCACUUCGGCACCUCGGCCGCCUACCUGACGGCCCUGGAGGCGGCGGGCGCGCACCCUCUGCGGGACGAGCCGGACAUGGACCUCUCGCGCCUCGAGGCCAUCUACUCCACGGCCUCGCCCCUGCCCCCCUCGACGUUUGGCUACGUCUACGACGCGUUCCCGGGCCACGUCAACCUCGCGUCCAUCACGGGCGGCACCGACAUCAUAUCCCUGUUCGGCGCGCCGUGCCCCCUCCUCCCGGUGCGCGUGGGCGAGAUCCAGUGUGCCGGGCUGGGCAUGGCCAUCCGCGUGCUCGACAGCGACGGCGACGGCGACGCCGGGGGCGAGGUCGCGCCGGGCGAGCCGGGCGACCUCGCGUGCGUCCGGCCGUUCCCCUGCCAGCCCCUGACCUUCUGGGGCCCCGACGGCGACGCCAGGUACCGCUCCGCCUACUUUGAGCGCUUCGCCGGCGUGUGCGGGGCCGCGGGCCCGGUCUGGCACCACGGCGACUUCGUCAGGAUGCUGGACAGCUCGACCGGCAGCCUGAUCAUGCUGGGCCGGUCGGACGGCGUGCUCAAGCCGUCGGGCGUGCGCUUCGGCUCCGCAGAGAUAUACAACGUGCUCACGCGCUUCUUCCCCUCCGAGGUCGAGGACGCCGUGUGCGUCGGCAGGCGGAGGCCCGCGGACGCGGAUGAGACGGUCUGCCUGUUCGUCGUCAUGGCGGGGGGGAGGACCCUGGACGACGGGCUGGCUGCCGAUAUCAGGCAGAGGAUCAAGACUGAGCUGAGUCCUAGACAUGUUCCUGGUGUCGUGGACCAGUGCGGUCCCAGUGGGAUUCCUAAGACGAGUAAUGGGAAGAAAAUCGAAGUCGCUGUCAAACAGAUCCUGUCUGGUAUGCGAGUCAAGACCAAUGCCAGCGUUGCCAACCCCGAGGCUCUGACU